AUUCAAGUCACAAUAGCAUCGCGGCAGGACGGCAGGUCGCCAUUUUCGAAGCUCUUUGUGAGCCACUGCCCCCAAACAGUUACUCCACCAGCCCGCCUUCUAGGGAUUUGAUUCGGCAUUUUAAAAUGCAGGGAAACAGAGGACCACAGCAUAACCACGGCCCCAACCGCCAGGGUGGUUCCGGAGACCAGAAAAAGCCCGGUGGAACCAACACCAACGGGCAGCAGCCUGAGCCUAGUGAGACGACCAGCCUGAAUGAGGCCUUAACCCUGGACCUGCAGAGCUUCAGGAAGCCGGGAGAGAAAACCUUCACUCAGCGCAGCAGGCUGUUUGUGGGAAACCUCCCAAACGGAGUUACCGAGGAAGAUCUGGAGAAACUGUUCUCCAAGUACGGAAAGGCCAAUGAGGUUUUUAUCAACAAGGAGAGAGGCUUCGGCUUCAUUCGGCUGGAGACCAGGAUUAUCGCGGAGAUCGCCAGAGCCGAGCUGGAUGAUACUCCGUUCAGAGGCAGACCCAUCCGGGUGAGGUUUGCAACCCACGGUGCAGCUCUAUCAGUGAAGAAUCUGCCAGAGUUUGCGUCAAAUGAGCUGCUUGAAGAGGCUUUCGCCGUGUUUGGUCAGAUAGAAAGAGCUGUAGUGAUAGUGGACGACCGGGGGAGGCCCACUGGGAAAGGAAUAGUGGAGUUCACCUCAAAGCCAGCUGCAAGGAAGGCUUUGGAUAAGUGUAGUGAUGGUGCCUAUCUCCUCACAGCGUUCCCUCGACCUGUUACUGUUGAGCCCAUGGAACAGUUUGAUGAAGAGGAGGGACAAUCAGAAAAACUUAUGAACAAAAACCAGCAGUAUCACAAAGAGCGUGAGCAGCCACCUCGCUUUGCUCAGCCGGGCUCCUUUGAGUAUGAAUAUGCCAUGCGCUGGAAAGCUCUGAUGGAGAUGGAGAAGCAGCAGUAUGAAAUGGUGGAUCGAAACAUGAAAGAGGCUCAGGAGAAACUGGAGGCAGAGAUGGAGGCAGCCAGGCACGAGCACCAGGUGAUGCUGAUGCGACAGGAUCUGCUGAGGCGUCAGGAGGAGCUGAGGAGGAUGGAGGAGCUCCACAGUCAGGAGGUGCAAAAGAGGAAACAAGCAGAGCUUCGCCAGGAGGAGGAAAGGCGGAGGCGAGAGGAGGAGCUCAGGAUGCGCAAUGAGGAGAUGAUGAAGAGGCAGCAGGAGGGCUUCAGAGGCAACUUUUCUGAAAACAGGGAGCAAGACAUGAGGAUGCACAUGGGGGGUCAUGGGAUGCCCAUGAACAGAAACUCACUGGGCGGAAAUUCAGGUCCUUCUGGAACUCCUGGCAUGGCUUCAGAGAAUGCCCUGCCAGGGCAGGGUAACAACAUGCCCGGUGGGGGACAGGGGGGCUUCCCUAGAGGCCUCCCUGGGCCUGGGGACUAUGUACCACCAAACAAGCAGCGCAGAUUCUGAACCGUUUCCCUUUUCCCUUUUCAUACUCACUGAAUUUUAAAGUUCACAUAGUGAGGAUUACUGUUGAACUUUGAAAUGUUGCAUGUAUUUUUCUUUUACUGUUUUUUUUAUUUGUAUUUUUGCAUUAUGUUUUAGUACUAAAAUGUCAAAAUCUAAGAAAGCCAUGUGUUUUACUUUAUUUGUCAUAAUAAUGUGUUUUUCAUAGGGAUAGAAAAUGUUCUUGUCCUGAACAUGUUGACUUUUCUGGAAUAAAUUCAUGAUUCCCUAAGAAA